CCUACAAAGAAUUACCACUGACUUUGCAUAACACCUAUUGCAUGAAAGAGGGAUACAGCCAUGUGAAGAUUUUAAGUUUAGAUUUGUGACUUUAUCCCAGGAUCAUGACUCUUGACUUUGAUUUGUAAACAUAAGAAUAUAAAAUCAUUUGCUAUUUUAAAGAUACUAGCGAAGAAGACCAUAUACUCACAAGAAAUACACCUCUAAUAGCCUACUCAGGAGGACAAGUUUCAUUGAGAUAAGUCAAGUGAGAGUAGUUUUAUUCACCUCUUGUGCUCCUCCCUUGCUCUUCUUCCCAUUAGAAAAGAUGCAGGUUUAAGAUGCUUCAACAUUGGCUUUACUACUUUAUGUCCACUUCUUAUUGUGGUAAUACUUUGCCUACGAUGGGACAUGUUGCUCUAACUACUAACUUGUAAUUAUACUAAUUUGUUAUUAUAUGUUUUGCUGUUUUUUUUGUUACAUUGAUCCCUUUUCUUGAGGCGCCAUUAUACCUUCAACAUGACUUUUACCUGGGCUAUAAAAAAAAACGGGAAAGAAAAGUGGGAAGGAGCAUUCUAAAGACCCCCCUCCCCCUCCCCCAGCACCACCACACACUCACAAUAAUCUGGAGGAGGAGCUGUGAGCUGUUUAAUAAAUUGAUAUGUCUUGAUAUCAACACAACAGACCCCUCUCUGCGUGGAGCAGUGAUCAGCUGAUCGACCCGUUCAGCUUCAUAUCUUGAUCAAUGUUCCUCUUUCGAAAGUUAAAACGUUAUUGCUUUUUAAAGUUAUUUUUAAAAGUUAAAGACAAACUUAUUUUUAAAGGCGGCAAGUGACGUCACGAUCAAAACAUCACUUGAAGUUUUGCGUGAUAUUUUCUGCAACUGGACAAAUAUUAUUUCUCCUGUGAUGUUUCAACUCAGCAUCUGACUAAAGAAGCUCACCUUAGACCGGAAGGAGAUGGAGGUUUCUGCCUUUGGAGCAGCCUCCAGGUUUCACAUCGACUCCCUGCUCUCCCUCAGGCCGCCCUCUGCGCUCCUCACCCGGGCAGACCCUCCGGAGCUCAGCCCGGGCAGCAGCAGCAGCAGCAGCAGCAGCGGAUGCUCAGCGCCUCCUUCCCCGCGCAGAGAGCCUGUUCCCCGGCUGGAGUCUGCUCUGCUGCCCAGUCACCUCCAGCCCCGCAGCGUCAACUCCUCUUUUCUGAUCCGGGAUAUUUUAGCGGACUGUCAAUCCUAUUCUGACCCACCACAGAUCUACUCUGAGCCGGGACAGCUCUAUGCCUACCCGGGACAGCCUGAGCUUGAACCCGAGCCGUUCCAAUCCGGACCGGAAGAAGAGUAUCAGGAUAAAAGUCACAGCAGCUCGUCUUCUGACAGUGAGUGCAGAGUACAGGGCGGGGCCUCGGACCCUGCAGUGUGUCGUCUGAAGAAACCCCGUAAAGCUCGGACGGCCUUCAGCGACCAGCAGCUGUCCAGGCUGGAGAGAAGCUUCCAGAAACAGAAAUAUCUGAGCGUCCAGGACCGCAUGGAGCUGGCUGCUUCACUGCAGCUGAGCGACACCCAGGUCAAAACCUGGUAUCAGAACAGGAGAACAAAGUGGAAGCGUCAGUCGGCUGUUGGUUUGGAGCUUCUGGCUGAAGCUGGCAGGAUGUUCCUGCCUAAUCACUUCCUGUACCCUCCCGCCCAGCCCACAAUGGACAUGUACCUGUACAGAAACCACACUCACCACCACUUAGCUCCACCUCUGCUCCCGCGGGUCCUGACCCACACUGAACCACACCCCCUCUGACAGCUGGGCAUUGGAAGACUGGUUCCUUCUGGAUGACAUACUGACUGCAGGAACUUUAUGAAAAAUGUUUUCUCUGUAUGAGUUCUUGGAACUACAUGUGUGCUCUGCUCAGGAAGUGACACUAAAUCCAAGAUUAGGAGGCAAUGAUUUCCAUUGUGCAUUGCCAAAAGGAUGGGACCUUAACAAAAACAAGGAAGACUCAGAAGAAGGAAAAAAUUAGAGAUUUGUUGGACAGAAAAAACGGUCCACAGAUUUCUGCAGCACACAGCCAGAAAAACUGGAAAAACUACAAUGCCAUCAUUUCUACCAGUAGUAAUAACAGAAAUGUAUCCGUGAUAUCAGGACAACGGUUACAGAAAUGCGAGCAGUCAAAAAGUCAGAAACAUAGACUGUAAUGGAGGCAGCAUCCGAGUCUGAAUGUGAAGCCAGUGUGGAUGUGCCUAAAAACUGCAUUCCUUCUAAAGGGCCGGCAGGGACCUGACUGCAUAGAAAUCUAUGAGGAAGUGACUUUUCUUUUUUACUUGAUUUAUUACCUCAGUAAACAUUACGCUGAGUACACUCUCUCAAUCACUAGUUUUGUCUUUUUCCGAAAACAGCAUCAGCAUUUAGUAAAUCAUGGUCCCAUUUGGAGUGCAACACCAGGAUAUAUAUUUUAUAGGGCGUGGUUACUUAUGGAGGACAGAUCACUACCCCCGGAGACCAGAGGCUUUUUUUUGCUACUAUUAAAAAUCACCCUUAAGAGUUUGCCUUUUUGUUUUAUGAUGGUUUUAGCGUGCCCUUAUUGGCAUCCAAAAUGAUUUAACUACUAUGAAAUAUUGUUGCAUAUGGCUAGCCAGUUAGCACUAGCUUGAGCUGAUCAUUUUUGUUUACUUGUGUCAUUGCUCUUCUUCAGCCCCACAUAUGUUCACUUCUGUCUCCAAAAAAAAACAAGACUCAAAAGGCAAAAAUGCCACAAAUCGAGGCUUAAAAAACAGUUUACAAACCAUCGGGUAACCUCUGUGUGGCUGUGUCCACUUCUUAAUUAAAGUCUAUGAAUCACACAAACUGUUAUUUGGAGCUUUUGGCUGUUUUGAAUGUCUGUAUAGAGGAAUAUUUCUUUUUUUUUCUUCAAUAAAUAUGCAAAU